AUGGCACUACUGAUAGUACUGAUUACCUGUUUUGUGAUUAUUUUUGCUACUUCCCAGCCUUGCCAGACCCCUGAUGACUUUGUGGCUGCCACUUCUCCAGGGCAUAUCAUGAUUGGAGGUUUGUUUGCCAUUCAUGAAAAAAUGCUGUCCUCAGAAGACUACCCCAGAUGGCCAGAAAUCCAGAAGUGUGUCGGCUUUGAAAUAUCAAAUUUUCUUCAAACUCUUGCCAUGAUACACAGCAUUGAGAUGAUCAAUAAUUCAACACUAUUAUCUGGAGUCAAACUAGGGUAUGAAAUCUAUGACACUUGCAUAGAUGUCACAGAGGCAAUGGCAGCUGCUCUGAGGUUUCUCUCUAAGUUCAACUGCUCCAGAGAAAUCGUGGAGUUUAAGUGUGACUAUUCCAGAUUCAUGCCAAGGGUUAAGGCUGUCAUAGGUGCUGGCUACUCAGCAAUAACCAUGGCUGUCUCCCGGAUGUUGAAUUUACAGCUCAUGCCACAGGUGAGUUAUGAAUCAACUGCAGAAACCCUAAGUGACAAAAUUCGCUUUCCUUCAUUUUUACAGACUGUGCCCAGUGACUUCUACUAAACUAAAGCAAUGGCCCACCUGAUUCAGAAAUCUGGAUGGAACUGGAUUGGCAUCCUAACCACAGAUGAUGACUAUGGACGACUGGCUCUCGACACUUUUGCAAUUCAGACCUCAACAAAUAAUGUGUGCAUAGCCUUCAGAGAAGUUCUCCCAGCCUUCCUCUCAGAUAAUACCAUUGAAGUCAGGAUCAGUCAGACACUUGAGAGAAUCAUAGCAGGCCAGGUUAAUGUCGUUGUGGUAUUUCUGAGUCAGUUCCAUGUUUUCAAUCUCUUCAGUAAAGCCACUGAAAGGAAUAUAAAUAAGAUCUGGAUUGCUAGCGAUAACUGGUCAACGGCCACUAAGAUCACCACCAUUCCUAAUGUUAAAAGGAUUGGCAAAGUUGUGGGGUUUACCUUUAGAAGAAGGAAUAUGUCCUCUUUCCAUUCCUUUCUUCAAAAUCUGCAUGUUCCCAGUGAUAAUAACAAGCCCUUAAAUGAAUAUGCCAUGCAAGGCUCUGCCUGUGCAUAUACUAAGGACAGUGAUCUGAGUCAAUGCAUUUCCAACUAUUCGCAGGGGACUUUGGCCUACAAGGCUAACGAGGAUAUAGAAAGGAACUUCUCGCUGAGAAAUGACUUCCUGUGGGAUUACACUGAGCCAGGACUUGUUCACAGUAUUCACCUAGCAGUGUUUGCCCUUGGUUAUGCCAUUCAGGAUCUGUGCCAAGCUCGAGAGAGUCAGAACCCCAAUGCCUUUUAACCAUGGGAGUUACUUGAUGUACUGAAAAAUGUGACGUUCACAGAUGGAGGGAGUUCAUUUCAUUUUGAUGCCCAUGGAGAUAUGAAUACUGGAUAUGAUGUUGUGCUCUGGAAGAUCAACGGCCACAUGACUAUUGCCAAGAUGGCACAAUACGACCUGAAGAAUGAUGUCUUCAUUGUCACAGACCAAGAAACAAAAAAUGAGUUCAGGAAUCUUAAGCAAAUUCAAUCUAAAUGCUCCAAGGAAUGCAGUCCUGGGCAAAUGAAGAAAACCACAAAAAGUCAACAUAUCUGCUGCUAUGAAUGUGUGAACUCUCCUGAAAAUCUCUAUAGUAAUCAGACAGAUAUGGAUCACUGCCUUUUAUGCAGUAGCAAAACUCACGGGGCCCCUGUAAGGAGCACAGUGUGCUUUGAAAAGGAAGUGGAGUAUCUCAACCGGAAUGACUCCUUGGCUAUCCUGCUCCUGGCCCUCUCUCUACUGGGAAUCAUAUUUGUUCUGGCCAUUGGCAUAGUAUUUACAAGAAACCUGAACACACCCAUUGUGAAAUCAUCUGGGGGAUUGACGGUCUGCUACGGAAUCCUCUUCUGUCAUUUCCUCAACUUUGCCAGCACAGGCUUUUUCAUUGGAGAGCCACAAAACUUCACGUGUAAAACCAGGCAGAAGCUAUUUGGCGUGAGCUUUACUCUCUGCAUCUACUGCAUUUUGAUGAAGUCCCUGAAAAUUGUGCUAGCCUUCAGCUUUGAUCCCAAGUUGCAGAACUUCCUGAAGUGCCUCUAUAAACCGAACCCCAUCAUCUUCACUUGCACGGGUAUCCAGGUUUUCAUUUGCACACUCUGGCUCAUCUUUGCAGCACCUGCUGUGAAAGAGAAUGUCUCCUUGCCCAGAGUCAUUAUUCUGGAAAGUGAGGAGGGAUCUAUCCUUGCAUGUAGCACCAUGUUGUGUUAUAUUGCCAUCCAGGCCUUCAUUUGCUUCAUAUUUGCCUUCAAAGACAGAUAGUUACCUGAGAAUUACAAUGAAGUCAAAUUCAUAACAUUGGGCAUGCUCAUUGACUUCAUAGCUUGGAUCACAUUCAUCCCUGUCUAUGCUCCCACAUUUGGCAAAUAUUUGCCAGCUGUGGAGAUCAUCGUUGGUUUCAUUUCUAACUAUGGGAUCCUAUGUUGCACAUUCUUCCCCAAAUGCUAUGUUAUUCUUUGUAGGCAAGAGACUAACGCUAAAUGUGCCUUUCUCAAGAUGAUUUGCAGCUACUCCUCCCACAGUGCAGGCAGCCUUGCCAUGAGCCAUGUUUCACUGGGUGCCACUAACAGCAAUGUCAUAACAACCAAUACCAGCUCUGCGGGCAGGUCUGCAGCCUGGCAGAAAAGCGAAGAUCUUCAGGCACAAGCAUCUGCACACAUAUGCAGACAAAAUGUUCCAUGUGUAUCUAAAGCUUUGCCUCGAAAAAGAAUCUCAAGUGUAUGA